ACGACAACCGUUGUUUAGCCCCAUUAAACCCCCCCGGUCCUAGUCAAAAUCGCCAAUCUGUCAAGGCUGCAAGCCCAAAGCGCAUUUUUCGUACUUACCAGGUACCUGUAUUGGAAAAAGGGACGCCUCCUUUUGUAGGUGAGGCGGGAAAGAACAACUCCCAUUAAAUCAGUCGGUUUCUUCCCGGUACAACUCUUUUAAAGAAAAGCAAACAAUCAUAUAGUGGUUCAUCUUUCAAGAAUACUUAAUUUAUUUACUUUUUGCUGGUUAAUCAAGAUCGUUACUGAUUUUCCCAACAACCCGACUUUUCAGCUAUCCAAGAACCGAUUUCUACUAUUCACAUUAUAUCCCGUUCUUCUGCGCAUCUCGACUGAUUAGAAUCGGUCGAACUUUUCUCCAUUGCUCUCGACUACGACCAUCGUCUUAACGUCAAAUCGCAACGAGCAGGACUUCAACGCAAACAUGGCACAGGCCGGAGGAGCAGGCGGGUACAACAACCCGUUGAAGAAAUUCAAGCUGGUAUUCCUUGGCGAACAAAGCGUCGGCAAGACAUCCUUGAUAACGCGGUUCAUGUACGACUCCUUCGACAACAUGUACCAAGCUACAAUCGGUAUCGAUUUCCUUUCAAAGACAAUGUACCUUGAAGACAGAACGGUGCGACUGCAAUUAUGGGAUACAGCAGGCCAGGAACGUUUCAGGAGUUUGAUUCCUUCCUACAUACGAGAUUCCAGCGUUGCGGUGGUUGUCUACGAUAUUUCGAAUGCUAAGUCCUUCCAAAAUACGAAGAAAUGGAUCGAUGACGUGCGCGCGGAACGAGGAAACGACGUAAUAAUCGUGCUGGUGGGCAACAAGACCGACUUGAACGACAAGCGAGAAGUCACUACGGCGCAAGGUGAGGAGGAAGCUAAGAAGAACAACCUCAUGUUCGUCGAGACGAGUGCGAAGCUAGGCCACAACGUCAAGAACCUCUUCAGAAGGAUAGCGCAAGCUCUUCCCGGUAUGGAGGGGACGGAUGCUGCAGCACAGGCUUCAUCACAGAUGAUCGAUGUCAAGACCAACACCCAAACGUCUCAACAAGAAGGAUGCGCAUGCUAGAGGACGUGAUGCUCCUCCGUAUCGAAGGAGAGUUUACGCCAUUGCGGGGAAGAGAGCGAGGGUCACGCAGGAUAUUUCCGUGCAUAGCGAAUAAACAAGUCAAAAGUUGUUGUAUAAUACGAGUCAAUCCACGAAGCAAAGUAACGAGAAGAGGACCAGUACAGCCAUUACGGGUAUGACGUUUAGUACAUGUAAUCACCUUUCCAAGUUCCAAUUUGAGCUCAGUCAAAAGGGAG